AUGAGUCUAACACCAUCUUACUUCAUGUUCUUGAGCUCACUUCCCAUUUUCUCACUUCUCUUACUUUUAACUUUUCAACUCAGUUACUCUUUAUCUUCUAUGCAUCCAUUGUGUCACGCAGAUGAGAGGUCUGCCUUGUUGCAAUUCAAGGAAAGCUUUAUCAUCAACAACUCCACCUGUAGAUUUUUUUAUGAUGAUUAUCUUCAUCCGGUUGCAUCAUGGACUCUUGAAAAUAGCAGUUGUUGCUCGUGGGUCGGGGUUGAUUGUGACAAGAAAACUGGUCAUGUGAUUGGCCUUGAACUCAUCAACAGUUGCCUCUAUGGUUCCAUCAACUCUAGCAGCAGCCUAUUCCAACUUGUUCACCUUCAACUACUUGAUCUCAGCUACAAUAACUUCAACUUCUCUCAAAUCCCAUCUAGCAUAGGCAAUCUUUCAAAACUUAAAUAUCUCAGACUCUCUGAUUCCUUCUUUGCUGGUCAAAUUCCAUUGGAAAUUUCACGGUUAUCCAAAUUGUCUUCCCUUGAUCUAUCCUGCAACUCUCAUCCAUCUUCCUGCAGUUUUUGUGGUAUGUUUAGUUUUGAUCCAUCUUCUAAACGGUUGUUAGAACUCAAAAGGCCUCAUUUUGAAAGCCUAGUACAAAACUUAACUUUCCUAGAAGAAUUGUCCCUCUCUUUGGUAAACAUACCUUACCCUGUGCCAAGUUUAUUGGCUAAUAUGUCAUCGUUGUCCUCUCUCAUGCUCACCAGCUGUGGAUUGCUUGGGGAACUUCCGACUAAUAUUUUCCAGCUACCAAAUGCAGAAUUUUUACAUUUGGUGCAGAAUCCAGGUCUUACCGGUAACUUGCCUGACUUUAAUCGGACCAGUCACCUUAACUAUUUGUAUGUUAUGGGAACAGGAUUGUCUGGUGAGAUACCUGCUUCAAUCGGAAACCUUGGUUCCUUGGAACAAUUGUCUCUCGGUUUCAACAAUUUCUCAGGGUUUGUUCCGCCUUCAAUAGGUAACCUUUCCAAGCUUACUGUUAUGGCGCUUUCAGGUAAUUCUUUUAGGGGCAAUUUACCUUCUUUUGCUAAUUUGAACCAUCUUGCUUCCUUGGAUCUAGGCUCUAAUGGUUUUGCUGGUCCAAUCCCAUUUAACCUUAUGAACCUGACCAGAUUAACUUCACUGAACCUUGAAUCCAAUAAGUUUCAAGGUCCAAUUCCAAGCUCAAUAUCUAGACUCGAGAAUCUUAUGAAUCUUGACCUUUCUUUCAAUAAUUUGAGUGGUACAAUGGAGAUAGACUCGUUGCAUGUGUUAAAAAAUUUAACAAUCCUCAGUCUAUCAUUCAACAAACUAUCUUUGCUAGGAAAAAUCAAUUCCAGUGCUUCUUUUCCAAACUUAAUGACGUUGAGUUUGGCUUCAUGCAAUCUAAGUGAGUUCCCACAAUAUUUACAAAAUCUGGAUAGGUUGAUGUACGUGGACCUGUCUUAUAACAAUAUCCAUGGCCUUGUGCCCCAAUGGUUUUUGGAAACAGGUAAAGAAACCCUGCAGAAUUUGGACCUCUCUCACAACUUUCUAACAGGCUUUGACCAAUCUCCUCUUGUUCUUCCAUGGUCUAGUUUGUUAAUUCUGAAAAUUGAUUCAAAUAGAAUCCAAGGAUUACUCCCAGUUCCACCAUUGUCUACCGUGUCUUAUAUAAUCUCAAACAACUCAAUGACAGGAGAAAUCCCACCAUUGAUUUGCAAUCAAACUUUGCUACAAGUUCUUGAUUUGUCUAAGAACAACUUAAGUGGCCAAAUUCCAGAAUGUUUGGGAAACUUGAGUAAUUCUCUGUCAAUACUGAAUUUAGGAAGCAACAACUUUCAUGGCAUCAUUCCUCAAACUUGGACACAUGGGAGUAAAUUAAGGAUGAUUAACUUGGGCCAAAACAAGUUGAAGGGGCUGAUCCCAAGAUCAAUGUCAAAGUGUGCAAUGUUGGAGAUUCUUGAUCUCGGACACAACCAAAUUACUGAUACUUUCCCCUUUUGGUUGGGGACUCUUCCUGAAUUGAAGAUUCUCAUUCUACGAUUUAAUAAAUUCCAUGGUGCCAUUGAAAGUCCUUACUUCAAGUCUACCUUCCCUAAAUUGCGCAUCAUUGAUCUGUCUUAUAAUGACUUUGUUGGUAAUUUGCCUUCUGAAUACUUCAAUAGCUUCAAUUCCAUGAAAAUUACAGAUGCAGAGCAAUUGACUUACUUGCAAGCAGACAUCAGUUUUAAUAUGGGGCCAACUAACAAGAUGCCUGCUUAUUUAAGUUUCCCAAUGAUGGCGCGUGAUUAUUAUGACUACUCAAUAAUAGUUAAGAACAAAGGUUUGAGGACAGAAUAUGCCAAGAUCAUAGCAGUCUUUGCGCUCUUGGACUUCUCUGGUAACAGAUUUGAAGGUGAGAUUCCAGAAUCCAUUGGGACGUUGAAGGGGCUUAUUGCACUCGACCUUUCCAACAACUUACUCUCAGGUCACAUCCCAUCAGCCAUGGGAAACCUAACACAACUGGAGUCCUUAGACCUUUCUCUAAACAAACUCUCAGGAAAGAUCCCUCAGCAACUAGCACAACUCACUUACCUUUCAUUCUUUAAUGUGUCUUAUAACAACUUCACCGGACCUGUACCGAGAGGGAACCAAUUUGAUACCUUCCUAAACAAUUCAUUUGAAGGAAAUUUAGGAUUAUGUGGAAACCAAUUAUCAAGAAAAUGUGAAGGUCCUAAAGCCUUUUUACCACCUCUUUCAGCCUCCACAGAUAAUCAGGAAUCGGGAUCUUUAAUUGAAUUUGAUUGGAAAAUUGUUGUGAUAGGGUAUGGAAGCGGUUUUAUAAUUGGAGUGGUUAUUGGACACAUUGUGAUCACUAGGAAACAUGACUGGUUUUUGAAGAAUUUUGGAAUUAGGCAACCAAAAGCCAGCAAAGGAAAAAAAAAGUAG